AGAGAGAGAGAGAGAGAGAGAGAGAGAGAGAGAGAAUGAAUCAUAUCACCGGUUGAUGCUUUGAAUGAGUCUGACCCGGUUCGGUUCAGUUCGGUUUGUGUAACAGGAGAAGAUGUUUUCCUUCCUGCGCUCAGUCAGAGACCCCCCUCUUGAGAACAUCCACAUCUCCUCGCUGCCUCCCAGUUUUCCCACAGAUCAGCAGCAGGAACCGACCGGAGGACGAGCAGAUGACCUGGUGGAAGAGAAAGCAGUGAUCCAGACCACACACACACACAGAGUCUCGGCCCCCUCGGUCUUCCUCCAGAAACACAAUAAUGAACCUGUUUCCAGCACUUACUUCGACCAGAGGGUCCCCGUUCCCGAGGAGGACAGCGAGUGGGGGAUUAGUCUCCGUAAGCUGUGGGCCUUCACUGGGCCGGGGUUUCUGAUGAGCAUAGCCUACCUGGACCCAGGUAACAUCGAGUCUGACCUGCAGUCUGGUGCUAAAGCUGGCUUCAAGCUCCUCUGGGUGCUGCUGGGAGCCACCAUCAUCGGCCUGCUGCUGCAGCGUCUGGCGGCUCGGCUGGGCGUCGUCACCGGGAUGCACCUGGCUGAAGUCUGCAACCGCCAGUACCGCACUGUGCCUCGUGUCAUCCUGUGGUUGAUGGUGGAGCUGGCGAUCAUUGGCUCAGACAUGCAGGAGGUCAUCGGCUGUGCCAUCGCGUUCAACCUCCUCUCCUCUGGCAGGAUCCCGUUGUGGGCUGGCGUCCUCAUCACCAUCAUCGACACCUUUGUCUUCCUCUUCUUGGACAAGUAUGGCCUGAGGAAGCUGGAAGCCUUCUUUGGUGUGCUCAUCACCAUCAUGGCCAUCACCUUUGGAUAUGAGUAUGUGACGGUGAGGCCAGACCAAGGCGAGCUUCUGAAGGGGAUGUUUGUGCCGUACUGCGAGGGCUGCGGGCCCGUUCAGCUGGCUCAGGCCGUCGGCAUCGUGGGAGCCGUCAUCAUGCCUCACAACAUUUACCUCCACUCUGCUCUUGUCAAGUCUCGAGAAGUGGAUCGGUCGAACAGGAAAGAAGUCAAAGAGGCCAACAAAUACUUCUUCAUUGAGGCGACCAUCGCGCUGUUCGUCUCAUUCCUCAUCAACGUGUUUGUGGUGGCUGUUUUCGCCGAGGCUUUCUACGGACGCACAAACGAAGAGGUGCACACUGUCUGCAAUCAAUCAGGAAGUCCUCAUUCAUCUCUGUUCCCUCUGAACAAUGAAACUCUAGAGGUGGACAUCUACAAAGGGGGAGUGGUGCUCGGCUGCUUCUUUGGCCCGGCUGCGCUCUACAUCUGGGCCGUGGGGAUCCUUGCAGCUGGUCAGAGCUCCACCAUGACCGGCACGUACUCUGGUCAGUUCGUCAUGGAGGGUUUCUUGAACCUGCGCUGGUCGCGCUUCGCUCGGGUGUUGCUGACCCGCUCCCUCGCCAUCACUCCCACCCUGCUGGUUGCCAUCUUCCAGGACGUGCAGCACCUGACGGGCAUGAACGACUUCCUCAAUGUGCUGCAGAGCAUGCAGUUGCCAUUUGCCCUCAUUCCCAUCCUCACGUUCACCAGUUUGCCGUCUCUCAUGAAUGAGUUUGCCAACGGAUUGGUGUCUAAGAUCGGAGGAGGGCUGGUGAUCUUGCUCGUGUGUGCCAUCAACAUGUACUUCGUCGUGGUCUACGUGACAACAUUCAACAGUGUGUGGCUGUAUGUGCUGGCAACGUUCUUCUCCGUAGUAUACCUGACAUUCGUGGGAUAUCUGGUGUGGUUGUGUCUGAUAGCUCUGGGAGUGUCCUGCCUCGAUCCGUCCUCCAAGAGAGCCAACGACACGACCGUCCUCAUCGAGCGGCAGCCGGAGUUCGACUCCUGAAUCCAACGUGUGUUUGAGUGGACGUUUUAAAGGUGCAGCUGUGACUGACCCUUUUGUUUAAAGUCACACUCUAAUGAUUAUACAAAACUGGUAUGGACGAUAUGGCCUAGAAUUAUUUAUUUUCGUAUUUUUCUUCUGACAUAACUACAUUUUUUGCUCAAAUCAACACGUGCCUUUAAUGUGACAUGAGCCUCCCAUCUGCUCUAGCUGCAGUAGCGACAGUGUUUGAAACUCCACCGCCUCCUGCAGCCACUUUCAGAAGGAGGGGCUGGAAAUGCCCCCCCCCCUCUGGUUUAUAGAUAUGUCAACAGUUUCUUUGUCUGUUGAUGUUUAACAGAUUGUCUGUAGAGUAUCUGUGAUAAUUCAUGAACACAACCAGGAUGUUUGUGUGUGUUUGUGUUUAAUAUCAGAAAACAUGUUAAAUCUCAACUGAUGAGCUGUUGAAAUGUUACAAAGACUCUAUAACAGUCUCCAAGUACCACCAGUAUGACUGAGGUUAAACACAGUACAGUAGGCCGACCUUAAUCAGCUGCUGACUCCUGAACAGAACUGGUUCAAGAACCAGAGCUAAUUUUGUGUUAAAGGAGUCUUCCUGGUCCAGACUUCUCCUCCCAGUAGUCCCAGUUUGGAGCCACGAUUGCAGUGUUUAUGAACCAUUAAUUUAACCUCUGCUCACUAUCUCACCGUCACAUUUUAGCUCGUAGGCUAAACUUAUUUUAAAUUACAUUUCAAGAAAAUCUAUUAUUUUGACUGUGUUAUAUGUUUUUUAAUGACAUUUUAAAAUAAUAAUUGAGAGAUUCCUCAGUGUAACCACUAGGGGCAGCACACGUACCACAGUUUGAGAACCGGUUCUCUAUCUGUAGGCGGACUAUCCAAGUGAAGUGUUAUCCAAUGUUUGUGCCGUCUCCUGUGCAGUCUCUCUGUUGGCCACAGGGAGGCAGUGCAGGCCACACAGGAGACCCCCUCAGAUACAGUAACAGCACCAGAACCAUGCAACACAACAACACAUUAAAUGACACGGUGUGUUACAUCAUGUUUAAUGUGUUGCUCCCGGCUGCACACACACACACACACAGAAACAAGCAUUAUGGUAUGAAACAGAUAGAAAGAGGUUUCACUGGGACAUCUCAGUGUGUACGUUCAUGUCUGACAUGCCUGUGGUGGUGGUGUGUCUGAGGAGCUGCAACUAUUGUGUAACUGUGAGCAAAGCACUGCUGGUUUCAGAGCUCGAAUUCCUGUCCUGAAGUGCUUCAGCCUUUGCUCACCGAGGAGAGGCGGAUGGACAGGUUUUUCUUUGCAUUGUGGCGGGGAACUUUUUUUUUCUCUCUCCCUGUCAUGGAGGGAGAGUUAUGUAAGAGGCGAGAGUCUUCCCACCGCCCCUCUCUGUUUUUGUUUUUCUCAAUGAGCCAAUGUCUCCCUGCCUAGGCCUCACAGCCUGUCCAGUAGGCCCCUUUCCUGGAAACAUAGCCUAGCAGAGGCCACUGAGGGGCAGGCCUGCAAGGUGGGAGGGGAGGGAGAGACAGCGGGAGGGGAGGGGGGGGGGCUCUUCCAGCAAAUCACAUGAUUGUAGACCCUACAGUCCCAGCCCUACAUGAGGCUCAGAUGCUGCAAGCACAUUUCAACAGCUAGUUUGUCAUCAACAUGAUUGGAUGUAGCUAAUGCAUGGCAGAGUGCAUGAGGCUGUAAGAAGACGCUGAGGAUUCCCAGGUGUGAACUGUAGAAAUAGAAGCACAGCCUGAUGGAUGCAGUGUGUGUGUGUGUGUGUGUGUGUGUGUGUGAGAGAGAACAUUUCACUCUGCAGUAUAACUUGUUGAGGAUCGUUUGUCCUCAUUAUAACGCUAACAGUGUUUGUGUAUCUGCUGUAACGUGCCGGUGGAUGACCUGUAACCUGAUUUAUUUCUUUUUUUGCAGAAGAUAUCCUUGAGACAUUUGUUACAGCAGAAAGCACCGUGUUGUUUUAUUACUGCGGCUCACCAGAACGGACUGAUUUAAUGAGCUGUGUUUAGAAAAACCAUUAAAGGCGUUAUUGAAUUGUAAACAAACAGACGAACUGAUUAAACACAAUAAACCACAACAUGAGAUUGAAGGAAACUGUACGUCAGGAUUAUUUAAGAAUAAUCACAUUGUGCCUUAUGUCUUCCUUUACUUUCACUCUCUGGGUUUUCACUGUGACAAAGUGAUUUAUCCCCCCCCCUUUAACCUUGUGUUGUUUUUUACGUGCCUGCGCUGUAGUUGAAAGACGGAUGGAGCUUUAACUUGUAUCUGAUGUCUGAAGUCACAUGUUUUGGACAGAUUUUCCAGGGGUACUACUGCAGCGCCCUCAACACUCGGCUCAGGGCCUCAACACCAGUUGGCCCCUUUGCUCUUUUCUUUCUGUCCGUCCGUCUGUCUGUCUGUCCGUCUGUCUGUCUGUGUCUCAGAGGAAUGCACAGACAACAUUACCAGGAGGAGAAAGGCAAGACGCACCAGAGCGCAGGCAAAGAUAAUGAAUUUUGAUUUAGUAAACAGUGGCAUCAGCUGUAAACCACAUGACAUUUUCCAGCUGUGCGGCCCGUACUUAUUUUGUAUAUAUUUUUACCCAGAUCUGUCAGUGCUGCCUUAAAAUGUCCGACACCAGGAAUGCUAACAGCGGGCCCAUUCUUGUUUAUGUCUUGCAUUGUGGCCACUGUGGGCACUGGCUGAGCCUGCGGUGUAAUGGGCCCACAUGUGUUUGGAGCAGGGAGACGGACUGCUUCAACUGUGCAGUUAUUCCUUUAUUAACACGUUUUAUUUUAUUGUUUUCUCUCCGUAAUGGGUCUCGUGGAUGCACGCAGCUUCCCCUGCAUUGUUCACAUGUGUGUGUUUGAGGUGCUUAAAUAAAGCAAAUAUGUUGAGUUCCAGUUCCCAGUUGCUCAGCGUGCGUUGCAGCAGGACGAUCACUGCGAUUUACUCUGAGGGUUUUCUAAACUCUCUGAGGAUGAGGAGGCGCUGCAGAGGCUCCGAGCUGUAAAUAUAAAUAUCUGGGGACCCACCGGUCGACCACAUUACCUAACAUGAUGUCAAACUGUUUAUUUGAACAAGGUAAAAUCAAUGUGUUUCAGUUCUGGUUGCUCAGAAAAAGAAAAACUGAUUGUAAAAUACUGAGGAUUUAUUUGCAGCUGAGUGCAACUUAUUUUAAUUAAAAACAAUAGAAACAGCAA